AUUUAUAAGUAAUUAGGUUGUAUUCAUUAUUUUUACCUAUAAUUGUACUUAAUCCUUCUUUUUUUCAAAUAUUCGAGAAAUCGAUUGUAUCGAAGUGAUAUUGUUAGCAAAACUGUCCGCUAAACUUUAUGAAAUACCAAAAACAUUAUUAUUAGAUAUUGUGGAAAGAAUUAAUUAGAAUUUAAUAUAAAAAUGGAAAGGUUUUUAUCUAACAUGCCAGAGAUCUCUCACUUCGAGAAAAAAUUUCACGAAAUAAUUUACGAAGUUCAAAGAAGCAAGGUAGUAAAUUUUUUCAAAUUUAAAAAUAAUUUCAUCAUUAAAAUAAUUAACAAUAUUCUUCCCAGAAAGAGUUGGAUAAAUUGGAAAAGGAACAUUUGUUAAUACGCGAAGAAUUAUGCUCGAAGAACGCGCUUUUGAAAAAUGAACAAAGAACAUCGAACGAUUUACGAAUUCGAUUGAAAUCAGCUACGGAAACGAUUAGUUCCCUAGUGGAAGAGAAAAUGCGUGAUAAAAUUUUUUAUUCAAACUUAUCGAUGGAUCAUGACAGUCUCUUGAAAGAACGUGACAUAUUAGCAAAAGAAACUUUGUCCAAUCAAACGGAAGCCGCGAAAUUCAAAAUUCAUAUAGAGAAUUUGGAGAACACGUUGCGGCGGGAAACAUGUCGAAAAGAGGAACUAGAAAAAGAGCUGAUUGAAUUGAAAAAUAACAAUGAAAAAAUUGUAGCAAGUAUUGAUAUGAAUAUUACUAAACUGUCAAAGGAGCAGAAGUACUUAACAGAAAGUGCCAAAGCUAUAAUUCAAUUAAAUAAAAGAUUACAAACAUUUGGCCUUUGUUUCCAUGCGAUUCAUCAAAAGGAUAGAGUAGAACUGAAGAAUUUACAACAUAGAUUAACUGUCCUUGCGAUGAAUGAAUCAAUCCAAACAGCUAGUAAUAACAAAUUACAUCCAGAAUUAGAUAAUUUAUGCUUUGAGCUAAAAGAAACAUUAAUGGAGACAAAAUCUAAAAUGCAAAACUCUGAAACGUUUGAAAAGAACUUAAACAAAUUCUUCGAAGAAUUCUCUUCGCAGAUACAAUCAUCAAUGCCACGUCACUGAUGAAAAGAGACAAUAAUUGAUGAUCGUUAUCAACAUUUAUUUCAGUUUAAUUUCUCGUUACAUCAGACAAGUAAUAGCUUCGUUUCGACUCGACGAAAUGGUAUUUCGAAAUAAAAUUACAUUGCUUAUUCUUAUAAAAUGUUUAAAAAAUUACUAGUAAUUUUGUAUAUACAACGUCAUCCAGUUUUUCAGUGCGAUAAGUUUGUAAGAAAGUAACAGCUAUUUAGUUCGUUGCAUUUUUCUUUUCUAUAAUUUAUUCUUCUAUCAACUAAAAUCAUAUGCGAUUCAUAGAUUCAGCUUAACUGUAAAAAACAUUUGUUUUAAAAAAGUACUCAAGUAUUUUCUUAAGGCGCAUAUUUACCUAGUUUAAAAAGAUUAUUAAUCGGUUAUUGGCGUUAAUUAUAGUUAUAAAUAAUAUCAAUAAAAUAUUA